CCUCUUCUCACUCGUCUUCCUUCACCGAGAUUAUCAGAACCGUCGCAUACAUCCAUCCUUCCAUCUUUGCUUCACGACGAGAAGACAUGGAGAUUCGCGAUGACGAGCUGCGGUUUAAAGUUCUCCAAUUCACUUGCCCUUUUCAACGAUGCAUGCAGCAGCGAGGAAGGAGACGGCAGAUCCCGGUGUUCGGGGAGUGGAACCAGCAGCUGCAGCAGUGCGAGGAGCUGCCCAUGACGCAGUACUUCGAGUCGGCGAUGCAGGCCGGGCUCGUCGUCAGGGCGGGCGGUCGCUGCUGCUUCCACGACGCCACCGGCGGCGGCGAGGCGGCGCUCUCCAGCAGGUCGUCGUCCGGCUCGCCGCCUCCGCACAAGCCGGCCAAGAAGGUACGUUAG